CAUAAAGAGUAGAAUUUGACGGGAAUUUUGGAUUGACCGUUUUAGGGGCUAAUUCGUGUCCGGGUGAGACGUCUUCCAGAAAUAGAACAGCUUUUCCGAAAAGCGCCUACGUCACGAUCCCCCCAGCGUAGCUUACGUUUGAAGCCGAAAGCAACACGGAGCAAACUUUUCUCGCGAAACAUCACAAAAAAAAACAGCGCGUGUGCUGUUCUAAAUGGCUCAGAUGAGGGCCGAGAGGACCGAGCAGGGUUCUCUGUCUGAAUCCAAACAAACCGACCCUUCGGAGGCUGCAGGGACCGGCAUGAAGGGACAAGCCGUGGAAGAACCCAAACGGGAACCGGGUGACAACAACGAGGACAAACCAAACGAGAACCUCGGCGGCUGUACGGCAGCGGAGCCCGGCCACAACCCGCCUCCCUUCCCCGACACCGACGGAGAAAGUACUUCGCCUCGCGGUAAACAGGACAACAAUGAAGGGGAAGCCGGCUUUAAAGUCGGCGAACCCGGGGAGAGCCCUGCGCAGGGGAGUCUGGCGAGCAGCACGGACUCGGCACAAGAGGGCUCCCGGGUGCUGAAAGCAGAACAAAGAGAAGCGGAGAACGUGCUCAGUUCAGCGCCUCGCGGCAGCACAAAGCCCGCGGGCAAGGCCGAGCACGCGGCCAGGAGGUGGGCCGGUGUGGACCUGAGCUCCGUGGAGGGAGAACCCCUCAGCCGCAUGGACUCCGAGGACAGUAUCUGCUCCACCCUGAUGGACAUGGAGAGCACUGCGUCCAGCGGUCGCUCCACUCCUGCCAUGCUGAACGGUCACGGCGGGGGGGCUGCAGCGGUGGGCAGCUCUGGGCCCACCGUGGGCAAAUCUCUGAGCUACACCUGCUGCUGGGACGACUGCCAGCUGCUGUUCUCCAGCAGCCCCGACCUGGCCGAGCACAUCCGAGCAACACACGUGGACGGCCAGAGAGGAGGGGUGUUUGUGUGCCUGUGGAAGAGCUGCAAGGUGUACAACACUCCAUCCACCAGUCAGAGCUGGCUGCAGAGACACAUGCUGACUCACAGCGGAGACAAGCCCUUUAAGUGUGUGGUUGGAGGCUGCAACGCCACUUUUGCCUCACAGGGGGGGCUGGCGCGCCACGUCCCCACCCACUUCAGCUCCCAGGGUUCAUCAAAAGCAUCCAGUCAGGGCAAAGUGAAGGAGGAGUCCCCGUCCAAGGCUGGUCUGAGCAAGAGGAGGAAACUCAGGAACAAAUAUAGACGCUCUCUGCCUCGACCUCAUGACUUCUUUGACGCUCAGACCAUGGAGGCCAUCCGUCACCGAGCCAUCUGUCUCAACCUGGCAACACACAUCGAGAGCCAGGGCAACGGACACAGUGUGGUCUUCCACAGCACGGUGAUAGCCAGGAGGAAAGAGGACUCUGGGAAAGUGAAGGUGCUGCUGCACUGGACACCUGAAGACAUACUGCCUGACGUCUGGGUGAACGAGAGCGACAGGCUGCAGCUGAAGACCAAAGUGGUUCAUCUGUCCAAGCUGCCCACAGACACAGCUGUCCUCCUGGCCCCCAACAUUUACAGCAGGAUGUUUUUCUGAUCAACUCCGCUGUUCUGAUCUACCAGGAGAUGACCUUUUGCUCCGCUCCAUGCGACGGCUCCUCUUCUUCCUUCAUCCAAGAGGAUUCUGGGAAUUGGCUCACUUUUCUCUCUUGGCUUUUUUUUAGGCCACCAGUAUUAUUUCUACUAGGUACAGAGUUUGUAGAAAAGAUGUUGCCCGUUUUAGGUAACACAGCUAGGGUUAAAAAUGAAUAAACUGCACCUUUUAGAGCGAAGCAGUUUUUGUAAAUAUGCAAGAUUUGUAAUAUAUUUUUAUACACUUUUUGUACUCCCAUGUAGAUAGAUGUUUUUCUGCCAGAUGUUUUAAUAAAACUCUGAAAAUGA